AUGUUGCGGAGACCUCCUACUACCUUGCAAUUAUCGCAGGACGAUGUUGCUGAAUUGAUAGCCGAAGUAGAAGAAGAGAAAUUGCAACUACGCAUUCAAUCACAACGAAAAAACCUAAUACGAUCUUCUACAAGAUUAGAGUCUGGUACUGUAGAUGAUGGGAAUUUGGCAGAACCAGCAGGCAUUGAUUCUUCGUUUCAAAUCAGUCCGCUAGAUGGUAAAAGAUUACAUGCAGAAGCCUCUGAUGGUCUUCCAACAGCUACUCUGAAUUGGUCAAAUCGUCAAAACGUUGAUCCCAACGUGAGUGGGAACACUAAUAAUGCUGAAGGGAACCCUUUUUAUAGUAGUCAAAGUAGACAGUGA